AAAUUAUACAGACUCCUGAUUUCAACGGGAAGGCACUAGCAAGACUGGAGUCCGCUUUUUAAAACAAACAAUUACAACCGCACAGUGUUUGCUUUUCAAACAGUACGCAAUAAGAUCUAGAAACUGCACAAAAAACAACCCAUAGCGAUGAAGGAAACGGUUCGAUGAGAUCGGGAUAAGCGUUGUAAUAUGUGGAAUAGGCAACGCCAACGCCUGGAUCUGGGAAAGAUAAUUACUGGGAAGGAAUCGGCGUUGUUAGCACUGAGCAGCGGCGUUUAUUUUAAAUUUUCACGAACAUGGGUGCAACAGCGUUAACGCAACGUGGAGCUGUGAAGUUAUUUGCCUUUUGUGUUUUGCUCUCUUGCGCGAUCCCAAGUGAAAGUUCGGCUUUUUACCAAACCUCGCAGCUCUCUUCGUAUGAGGUAACUGUUCCAAAGUUAAUAGGAAAAUCAAAACGGGACCUUGACAAUGCUGUCUCCAAAAAGGUGUCGUACGUCAUACAAGCAGAAGGGAGGGAUCACAUUGUCCACCUGGAAAAGAACGAGCAGUUUCUCCCAAAGGACUUCACUGUGUUUACCUACUCCGACGAGGGGACUUUGAUCUCCAAGCAGCCUGAGAUGCAGCACCAUUGUCAUUACCAGGGUUAUGUGGAGGAUAUUCCCAACUCCAUGGUGGCCCUGAGCACCUGCUCUGGACUCAGGGGGAUGCUGCAAACCGCCAAUGCCAGCUAUGGAAUAGAGCCCUUGGAGUCUUCCUCUACCUUUCAGCACCUUAUCUAUCGCCUUGAAAACAUCAAGUCCCAACCUUUAGCUUGUGGAGUGGCGGACACACACCCAGAGACAGAAGACGCGCAGCACACAGCCCGCUUUGAUCUGCCAAGCAUGACCCAGCUACUGAGAAGAAAAAGAGAUGUGUUGCCUCAGACACGGUACGUGGAGCUAUUUCUGGUUGUGGAUAAUGAGCGGUUUGAUUUUUCGAACAGGAACCAGACUGCCGUGCGCGAGGAAAUGGUUCAGCUUGCCAACUACAUGGACAGUAUGUACAUUGCCUUAAACAUACGCAUUGUCCUGGUGGGGCUGGAGAUCUGGAAUCAGCAGAAUAAAAUCAACAUCGAUGGUAGUGCGGGGGAGGUGCUGGGGCGCUUCGUUCAGUGGAGGGAGAAGGAGCUUGCGGGGCGCAGGAGACACGACAGUGCCCAGUUAAUCCUAAAGAAGAGUUUCGGAGGCACAGCGGGAAUGGCGUUUGUCGGGACUGUGUGUUCAAGGAGUCACGGCGGAGGGAUUAAUGCGUUUCCACACAACAAUGUCCCGAUGUUUGCGUCUAUCGUUGCCCACGAGCUGGGGCACAACCUGGGAAUGAACCAUGAUGACGGGAGAGACUGUCACUGUGGCGUGUCUGCCUGUGUCAUGAACUCCGGAGCCACUGGCUCGAGGAACUUCAGUACCUGCAGCUCUGACGACUUUGAGAAGCUGAUUGUGAACAACGGGGGGAGCUGCCUGCUGAACCUGCCCCACCCCGACGAGGCCUACAGCCCCCCCUUCUGCGGGAACAAGCUGGUGGAUGUGGGGGAGGAGUGUGACUGCGGCUCACUCAAGGAAUGUGAAAAGGAUUCUUGCUGUGAAGCAAAGACAUGCAAGCUGAAGCGAGGGGCUGAGUGUGCUUACGGAGUCUGCUGUAAAAAUUGUCGGUUCAUGCCCGGGGGGACUGUGUGUCGAGGAAGCAGCAACGAGUGUGAUCUCCCGGAGUAUUGCAACGGGACGUCCCAGCUUUGCCAGCCUGACGUCUUCGUGCAGGAUGGGCACCCCUGCAAAAACAGCAAAGCCUACUGUUACAAUGGGGUGUGCCAGCACUACGACGGGCAGUGCCAGGCUAUCUUCGGACCAAAAGCCAAGGCUGCUCCUCAAGUCUGCUUCAAAGAUGUCAAUCUGAAGGGAGACAGAUUUGGAAACUGUGGUUUCCAGGGUAAUGGCUAUAAGAGGUGUGAAAGCAGAAACGCGAUGUGUGGCAAGCUGCAGUGUGAGAAUGUGGAAACCCUCCCAGUGUUUGGCAUCCAGCCUUCUAUCAUCCAGACCCCCAUUGGCAACACCAAGUGCUGGGGAGUGGAUUUCCUGCUGGGCUCCGAUGUGCCGGACCCUGGCAUGGUGAACGAAGGAACCAGGUGUGAAGAAGGCAAGGUUUGCUUGAAUUACCAAUGUGUGGACGCGUCCGUUCUUAAAUACGACUGCGACGUGGAGAAGACGUGCCAUGCGCACGGGGUCUGUAACAGCAAUAAGAAUUGCCAUUGUGAGACAGGCUGGGCUCCCCCAUUUUGUGAAAGCAAGGGGUAUGGCGGUAGUAUUGACAGUGGGCCCGCUUACAAUGACAAGGAGCACUCGCUGCGGGACGGGCUGCUCGUCUUCUUCCUCCUCAUCCUUCCUCUCUCGCUGCUCGGCUUGUUCGCCUUCUUCAGGAGGAAUGAGCUGAAGAGGCAAUUCUGCAGGAAGAAGAGAUCCCAGACCUACGAGUCUGACGGCAGGGCUCAGCCAGCAGCAGGCAGAGGACAGACCCCACGAAGUGCCUCCAACAAUAUAGUCAAAGGAGGGCACCAGGUUCAGUUAUUACCACCAGAAGAGGUUGUGCAAACAAGUCGGACGGCAGCUGUGCCAUCGUAUGCCGUCAGGGAUCCUCACACAUCCCCGUUAAGACCUCCUCCUCCAGUCAAGCAGCCAGUGCCUCAGAGACCUGCCCCUCCCCCACCGGUCUAGCCUGCAGGUUUGGUGCCACCGACUUGACUCUGUGUUCAUACCUGAAAGAGUGAACAAACGAAGUAUCCAAACGAACUGCUGUUUUAUAACUAUCACCCACACUGCUGCAGCGCUCUUCUUAGAAGAUCUCUCGACGAACGGGGAAUGCAAUACCUCCAGCCAAAGGAUUUCUCUUUGUGUUUUUUUUUUUUUUUUUUUUUUUUUUUAAUUAUGUUCACAGUCCUAGGAAUGUACAGGUAGCACAUGGGCAAAUUUAAAUACGAUAGAGGUGCAAGUUUUUAUUAUUAUUAUGAUGAUGAUGUUUUAUUUAAUGCUGUGUCAGGACACAUGCAGUGUAAACCUGUUAUUGAUUUUACUUCUGAAACUUUUUGGAGAAAUGCAGUUUGCUUUUCAACAGGAUGGACUUUGCUGCAGAUCCGUCUUGCUUCAGUCCAGCUCUGAACUCAGAACCACUCUUUCUUUCCCAAGUUUCUUCUCCCCAAUUUCCCUGCAUUAGUGGAGGGAUCUGCUGGGUCAGGGGUGUCUCUGCUUGCAGUAGAGCUAAUUUUGAUCUCGCAAUACAUGGGAUGAUCUGGGUAUUGCUACGUGCCACUGAAGUGCAAUAAGGCAGAAAUUCAGUGGAAUAUAUCUGCUUGGCAGAUGUCAAAACAAAUUAUAUAUAAUCAAAGCAGUAACUUUCUCUAGUUCUCUUGGCUGUUUGACAGUUCUUGGAUGAUGUUUUGGAUCAUGUCGUAGCAGUUUUUUUUGCACAUUAUCUGCCUUCCUGUCCAGUCCCCCCCUACCCCCAUGUAUUGUACAAUAGUGGAUUUUAUUAAUCACUGAUUCACUUGUAAACACUCCACCUGCACUUGUAAAACCAUAAGGUGAAGUUUUAACACGCAAUGCAAUUUUCUUUUAAAAGGCGACAACUCACAAGAUCUGCCAAUGUUUUCAAAAAUAAAUAAAAAUGAAAUAGUCUAUUAGGACUGGGGCCCUGUAUCAAUAAAUGAGUGAGUUUGUAAUGUAGUGUAUUCAAGUCCAUUUCUCAUUUGUGCAGUUGAUAUGUUUACUAAGGGGUAACAUCUCAAAAGGUGCUGACCAGGCUUUUAAAAAAGAAACGAAAUCUAAAACAAAUGGUUUCAUUUUGAAUAAACUUGCAACACACAAUUUAAAACUGUAUAUGCUAAAUGGGUUUAUAUUUAAUAUCUUUAUUUUACAUAAGAAAAGCUUGUCCAUUCUAUUUUCUAAUUGGAGACCAGAUUGAGUUAAGUAAUAACAGCGAUUGAUGUUAAUGUAACCAGCCUACUGUACUGUUCAGUCACACAAAGACUUUUUAAAAGUGUAUUUGAAUUGUGUACCUUUUGAUCCUAUGCCUUUUAGCUGUCUUCUCAAAAAACUUAUUACCUUCAGGAAAGCAGCUGCAUCUGAUCUUACCAGCUGGUACAGUUCUGAAACAAAGAAAUGAGCUUGUAGAUUACAACUAUAAAGCCAAGAACCACAUACUGGGGCAACUGACAGUUCUACAGUGCCUAUACCAUGCCAUACUGUACUUGGAAAUGACAUGAACACUAGGGUGCAAGCCUCUCUCUUACCAGCAUGUUCGCAAGCAACAGCCAGGAGUUACAAACCAAACGCAUUUUCCAGGCAGCUGUCUCUACAUUUGAACAAGCUCUGAUCCAGAAGUAAUUUAAAGAACACUCAUAAUAUUUCAAACCAACAAUGGACCCCCUGAUCCCAGCCCCAUUUCACUGCAUCUGCAAUAACACUGUACAAAUAUACACUGCAAGUACAAAAUAAAAAAUCCUGAGCAACAUUAUUAAAUUGAUUCCAAGAAUCAUGUUUUAAGAUUAGGAUCUGUGCAGUAUUACCCCCCCCCCCCCUGUCUAGGGAUUGCAUAGUGCAGGGGAGGUGUUGGCAUAUAAGUGAGUUUACAUUUCUCCAAAAAUAAAUAAGAUGUGAACGGUCUCCAGUAUCAAAGCGGAAUAGAUAUAUUUUAUUUUGUACCCUGGAUGUGUCACUUUUGGAAAACCCAUCUUUUUGUAGUCUCAGUAAAUGACCCCUGUGAGGUAGCGAGUUAAGAGAACUGGCCUGAAAGAAUUGUUAAGUUUCUACACCUCCCUUGACAAAGGCAAACUUAAAAAUACAACACAAAAAGUUACCGUGCAUGCAGGGCUAUAAACAGAGCAGACAUUCCACCAAGGACAAACUUCGGUUUCGGGCUGUAGCUGCAGUAUUGAUACAUUGUUUACUAUUCAACCUCCAAAUCUUUUUAACACUGCAAACCAGAGAAAAUUAUGGAAUCUUUUGUACUUUUACCGGAAUUCUUACAUGAGCAUCAGUAUUGAUGCAAAAAAAAAAAACAACCAAGGACAUGACCUUGGGGUCCUCAUAGCUAGUUACGGCCAUGCAUGUGUGAUACUGAAUCAGUUCUAUUGCUUCCAAAUGAUUGCAGAUAUUGGCUCAAACAUGCUUGAAACUACUCGCCUGAAUAAACAGCACAUGACCUUACUGUGGUUUACAAGUGCUUCCGAGCUUCAACACCCAUUCCCAGAAGGCCAAGUACUCUAUUAGAAUUAACAUACAUUUCUAUUCUUGAUCAAUUGUGAGAUUAUUUUUUUAUUAUUAUUAUUAUCUAUAACGCAAUAUGUGCUGUCUGGAAAUAACUGAAUCUGUAAAUAUCGGUGGUAGAAUAAGUGUGGAGAUAAAGUAGCUGUCUCCAUGGAGUUACUUGACAAACAGGCUUCGUACAUUUUAAGAUCAUAAUUAAAAUCAUUUUAUAACAAAACAGCAGCAGUUCCAGUACAUAUUUUAAUGCAUGUCUGCAUCAGAAUCUAUUUGUAGUAUCUACACUUAAUCACAAGUAUACAUCUAUCUCUCUGACAGCACUCCGAAUGCUCUAUACGAACUGCUUAGCUACUAUUCCAGACAGAAUAAGAGACUUUGGGGUUAUUAAAUAUUGCCUUAGAGAAAGGAUCCUAAUACUAAAAUUGAAAUUUGUAUCAUACGUAAAGCUAUAAAUAUUUGCAAGCCUUUUAUUAUGCGUUUUUCACAUAUGAAAAAAAAAAAAAAAACAUUUGGCACAGAUAUCAUAUUCCACUAACAAUACAUAGUUUGUAUAUUGUGACAGGUCGCCUACAUCCCUGGGGCAAAAUAGGUUCUAUGGGUGUGAUUCGCCAAGUAUUUAUGGCUUUACAGUAAUCUUGCAGAGGUGCAUGCACUUUAUAUCUGGUUAUACAGUCCAUUGUAAAAGACAACAUGGUUGGUUUAUGCAGAGAUGUUACGUUAAUUUUACUCGUAAUCCUUUUCAACUGGUUUCUCAACCCCUGAUUAACACUAAUCUUGGACUACUGUGCCUAAAAUAACAAUAGUGCUAAUCAGGGUCUGUGAAACCAGACCUGCGAGGUAUAUAGAUUUUAGCUGCUUUAAAAAAAAAAAGAUCUACAUUAUUUCCUACCUAUAUAACGUUAGUCGCUCCAUUUGAAUAUACCAUUGUUUCACAGAACAGCAUUUCUGAUACUUUGAAUGCAAAGUGAAACGGUAAAUGAAUGACUACUAACUUCAAACGUUGCUUUUUUUUUUACAAAAGCAAAUAUAAUCUUGAAUGACUAUUUUAUAUAACUUUUGUUAAACGUGUAAUGUUUUGCACUCUAUUAUUACUGUUGUUAUUAUUAUUAUUAUUAUUAUUAUUAUUAUUGUGUUUUUGCCAUUUGUUUCAUUUCCAGGUGUGUGGUCUUUGGAUGCCCCAUUUUUAUUGUUUUAAAAAAAUUAUAUGGACAAUGUACAAAAACAAUAAUCAAAUAAAAGGGGUCUCCCCCCUCCAGUUGUUGAAACUUUAA